CUCCCGUUAAGGAAAAAAUAACACGGCAAUAAAAACAGCGGCAGCAAAACAAAAUGGUAUAAUGUCUGUAUUAGUUCAAGACAAGCACAGUGAACAAAUUCGAAAAUAAUCGCAAGCAAUUUAAAUUGAGACCACCGCUGACAGACUUGUGGUGGAAAAGCUGAAAACUGAGCCAAGUAAACUGACUGUGAGCCAAGUUGAGUGGAGUCAAGCGCAAGAGCGUCUUAAGAUUCGAGCCCCAGCUGUUGACAUUCGCGUCUUUAUCUUGGCCCUGACCAAGAAGUUGGCUCAGAAGCGUUGCGCACUUCGAUUCGAUAUUCGUCGAAAAGCAAACGCACAAUGACAACCACUGGACUUCGGCCGAUGCUGAGCCUCCUGCUUUUGGGACUGGGCCUAAUACUCUUCUGCGAUGUCAGCUCCUCGAUUGCCAUAGCCCCCUCGACUUUUGGCACGGCUAUAGCACGUGCCGGGAAGAUCUCCAACCAGCUUAAGGAGACAACGGCCUGGAAAACCCUGACAUCGCAUCCGAACUCGCUGGUGCAACUGCUGCCAUCGAGGGCCAUGCGAGUGGUGCAGGAGGUGGUGCGAUCUCUGCGGAAAGAGCGUGAGAUCGUGGCUACCACCUCACUGGGAAAAGUUAGGGGUCGCUAUCAGAAGUAUCGAUCUGGAGAGAGGGGAGGCUACUACAGCUUCAAGGGAAUGCGCUAUGGAGCAGCACCCACAGGAGCCAGAAGAUUCCGAGCUGCUGAGCCGGAGAAGCCGUGGUCAGGCAUCCGAGAUGCUUCUCGGGAGGGUCAGAGUUGUCCGCACAAGAACAUGAUCCUGGACACCUUCAAGGGAGAUGAGGAUUGCCUGUUCGUCAACGUCUUCACCACUCGCAUGCCCAAAGAGGAGGAGUCCGGGGAGCAGCCCAAGCUGCCUGUGAUGGUUUGGUUACAUGGCGGAGGCUUCUCCUUUGGUUCCGGCAACUCCUUCCUCUAUGGACCCGACUACCUGGUGGCCGAGGAUAUCGUUCUUGUGACCCUCAACUACCGAUUGGGUCCACUGGGAUUCCUUACCGCUGGACCAGAUGCCCCUGGUAAUCAGGGUCUAAAGGAUCAGGUGCUGGCUCUGAAGUGGGUUCGGGACAACAUUGCUGCCUUUGGCGGAGAUCCCAACCAGGUGACCGUUUUCGGAGAGUCCGCUGGAGCCUCGUCUGUCCAGUUGCUUCUGCUUUCGCCACAGGCCAAGGGACUUUUCCAGCGAGCGAUUUCCCAAAGUGGUUCGGCAUUGAAUCCCUGGUCCAUGGCGGCCAGUUCAAGUCAGCGAGCUGCCCGUUUGGCCGCCAAUCUGGGUUAUGUGGGUGCCAACAACACCGAGGACAUCCUCGACUUCCUGCGCAGGGUUCCGGCCAUGAAACUGGUGGAGGCAGCUCCAACCACCAUAACCGCCGAGGACCAGAGAAAUAACAUUGGUCUGCCUUUUGUGCCCGUGGUAGAGGGAUACUGGAAUCAGGAUUCCCAAGAGGAGCAGUUCUUGGAACAGCCCUUCUUGACCCAACAUCCCAGCGACAUGUACCACACGCAGAAUUUCAACAGUGAUGUUUCCUACAUGACGGGCUACAAUACACACGAGGCCAUGCUGUUUAUAAGAAGACUUCGGAAGAAUCCCCAAUUGCUAAGCAUCAUUGAGAACGACUUUGGCCGCCUGGUGCCUCAAGAUUUGAAUGUUACCCAAUCCCAUGAUAGAGUGACCCGUGAGAUAAGAUCUUUUUAUCUAGGCAGCAAGCAUGUGGGCAUUGAAUCGGUGGAUGAGAUGAUAGCACUCCUCACGGAUCUCAUGUUCCUUCAGGGAAUUCGUAAGACGGCCCGGAAUCAUGCCAAAUACGGAAAUGCCCCCGUUUACAUGUACCGCUUCUCAUUCGAUGGAUCUUUGGGUCUGUACAAACGGAUGUUGGGGAUUCCCCGACCUGGAGUUUGCCACGGCGAUGAAUUGGGAUACCUGUUCAAGUUCGGGUUUUUCAACCUGAGUCUGGAUCCCAAGUCGAUGGAGGUGCAGGUCAAGAAUCGCAUGGUGCGCAUGUGGACGAAUUUCGCCAAAUACGGCUCCCCCACGCCGGACAUCGAGGACCCCAAUCUGACCACCAAGUGGACUCCCAUCGAUCCCACCAAUGUGAUGAACAGCCUCAACUACAUGGACAUCUCGGCCAAUCUGGCGAUGAAAACGAAUCCCGAGCCGGAGCGUCAGAGGUUCUGGGAUGAGAUGUAUCAGCACUACAAUGGUGCUGCCAUGUGAAAGGACAUCAAAUUACCGUCACAAAACACAUAACACACACCACACACUCACCCUCACACUUUCGUAUUGCCAUUUUGUGAAAGAUCGCGCGAAACCCAGAAUAUUUAAUUGCAAAAUUCAUUGUACAAUUUUCGUAGUUUCUAGGAAUUGUUAGCUUAUACUUUUAGCUAUAUAAUUAGCAACUAGCUCCUAAGUGUUUCAGCAUUUAUCCACACCAACACCUAUCACUCUCAUAACCCAAAGUCAAGAUGUCUUUCCUUACUACACGUGUAUCCACAAUAACCAGGUGUAAAUAGUCAGAGUCUAUCUUAUGCAUAAUGCAUUUUGUAAAUUAAAAUUAUUUUAUUAUUA